AUGGCGAAUGCGGCAGAAGCCCCGACAACGACCAUCUCCACCACAAUCUUGUCAACAACGUUUAUAACGGCCCCGGUCGCGGCCUCAACCGGAGUACCAGGAAACGAGCUUUCAACCUCAACCUCAGCUUUGUUCUCAUCGACUUUGGAGACAUCCUCGUUGUCUUCACAUCAACCACCGCAACCAUGGAGUUCGACAAUUGCAGCAUCAGGCGUGACAGGCACGAGUUCACAGGCGCUCACAUCGUCAGUGGAUACAGGAGGCUCUCAUACCGACUUUCCGUCCUCAGCAACCACUUCAGCCGCAGCACUGGCGACGGAAGCAGCGAACUCGACAACGGAGUCGAUGAUCGGAGCAGAAGCAGGCCACUCCGAACAAAAGAAAGCCAUCAUCGGCGGACUUUCAGCUUCCAUCGCCGGCCUUCUUCUCCUUGGAAUCGCGAUAUGUCUGUUUCUGCGGCGGCGACGAAGACGAACCGUGUCGAAAGAGUUUGGAGAUUGGUCAAGCGAAAAAGGAAUGCGACCACCAGCACUUGUACGGAAAUGGACUGGUGGACUGGUGGCGGUGGUUGGCAAAGGAUCACCUAAGCAGACUCCCGACAGGCCGCAGAGUAUGGUGAGGGUGAUGGUGGAUGAAGAGAACCGCAUCAUUCGUAUGAAUACGACGCAUUGGGUGAGACCCUAUGCUCCGGGUUCUGGAGAGGGCUACAGGGACUCAGCACCGUCUGGACAACUGCGCGUUGUCAACCCAGACCCAUCGAGGCCAGCAUCGCCAGCGAGACUUUGGUCAGACUCUGCGAGCAGCUUCAUGAAGAAGCAACGAUCAGGAUUGAGUGGGUUUGUAUUUGGCACAUCAAGACCAGGCAGCGGUCACAAACAGCUGCAGCAUCAACAUCCGCUUUCAAGCUCGCACCUACCGCCUACAAUUACGGUGGUCGACCCGGCACUAUCCCGCGAAUGUGUCGCAUCAUAUGAUCAGACACCUUCAUUCCGAUCAUAUCCUUCAGUGACCUCUGUGGCAAUCGUACAGCAAUAUCCAGUCGACGAUCCAAUCCUUACGCCGCCCAGGGAAGAGAGCGAAGAACGGGGCGCUGCACCUCCUCCACACAGCGGACUCAAACGGCCGAGCCUCGCGACUCUACAAAGUGCCAAAGGCUCAGCAAGCAGGACAUUCAGCCAUCUUGGCAAUCAUUUACUACAUCCAUUUCGUUCAAAGUCCAGCACUCCAGCUGUACAACGGAAUACACGUUUCUCAACGUCGACGAAUAGUACACGGCAUUCGAGGAGGAGCGACCCGUUCGAUCUUGAUGCUCCUAGUGUGACGCAUCCUUCGCCGGUGCCAGGGCGAUAUGGACCGAGUGCUAAUGGGAAUUGGACGUUGUAUGAAGGGACGUGA